AUGUGGAGAGAGACAGUGUGCGUUGUGGUUGUGUGGGUCAUACGGAGGUGGCUGAUGCAGAGAGGGUCUCUAUGUUUGCGGAGAUGUGGCUAUGACCCAACAAGGGCACCAUUGUGGUUGGUGACAGUGACCAGUUAUGCACGGUGGCUGGUCGGUGGUGACAUUAUGUAUGGCGUGGAUUCGAAUCUGUAUGUGUCGGUCUCGAGGUUGUAUGAAUUAAUGGUGAUUUGUUUUGACAAGUUUGGCUUUCUGCAAGAUAUAGCGAUCAAAACCAAAUUGAUAUAUAUUUUGCUUGAGCUCCUUGAUGAUUCUGGUCAAGUUGGAGAAGAGGCUUCCUUUGCUUUUUCGAGUUUAGUUGCUGGAAAGGAAGAUUUACAGAAGUUAGCAUUUGAGGCGAAUGCUAUAGACAAAUUCUACAAUCACUUGCAAAAUCCUGAAUUAAAUUCCAAGCGUCUUGAAGGGAUAUUUCUAGCACUGGGCGAUCUUUGCUCAAAAUUGGAAUGCUGCAGGUCGAGGUUUAUGUCAUUGCAGGGGAUGUACGCAGUCAGCAAUAUUGCAAGUGGAAACGAGUUUCAUAAAGAAGCCAUAAUGCAGAUGAUCUUUCCACAAGCAGAAAGUGGACCUCAGUCAUUCUUGAGUCAGUAUUUGCAGAGUAAUGACAGCCGUCUACGCACAUCUGCUGCUUGGAUCAUAGUAAAUCUCACUGCUCCUGCAAGCCCCGGUGCAUUUGGUCGGAUUGCAAAACUGCGCAAUUUUGGCCUUGUUGCUCAAAUCAAGAGGAUGGCCAGUGACCCUUGCAUGGAUGUUAAGCUUCGAGCACGAGUUGCACUUGGGCAGAUUAUUUCUUUUGGUGAUAGUUAA